AUGCAUGCGGCUCAACGUCGUCAUCCUGAGGAGCAUGAGAAGAUGAUGACUACUAGUAGUACUAGUACGUAUCGAGACGUGUUUGUGGAGCUGGACGAUGGCUACUGGGGCAAGUUGGUGUUGUCCGAGAAAGGCAUUGGUUUCUACUCUACCGUUGAUAGUACUAGUACCACUACUACUACAUGUAGCACUAAUGGCAUCAAGCUGAAGGUGGCGUGGAAGAAUCUUUGGAAACAUCGCAUCAGCAAGGCGAGCAAUGGCCGAAGUGUCUUACGCCUCUUCCAUAAGAAAGAGGCGAGAAAAUGGGAUUUCAUUCUCCCAGACAGACGGGACUUGCUCAAGAUCAAAGAAGACAUUGGCAUCAGGUUGAAAGUGGUACAAGCUCAAGCACUAGAACAACCAGUACAAGCACAAGCAACAGCAACAGCUCAAGCCAUGGUGGACGACUCUUACACCAGUCAUCACAGUUCUUCCAGCAGCUUUACUGCCAGCUUUACUGCCAGCGGGGGCAAUGCCAACAGUACGGCGGCGUACAUUGACUCUAUACGACAAGCAGGGAAUUCCAGACAAGGCCGCUUCAGUUACCUAAGACAGCAACGACCAGACUUUGAUUCUUCCAUGAAUCUCACAGAUGUCUUUGAUUCUUCCGAGCAGCAAUUGCAAGAUGUUGAUCUUGACAACCCCAAUGACAACCCCAAUGACAAUCCACUUGAAAACUCCCAAGACUUUACACGUCGUCGAAGCUCUGCCACCUCAAAAGGAACACGACGAGCAUCGACCCUCCAAUUGAGAUCUACCGAAGACGCACAAGGAUUCACCGUCCGACCUCCCAUUCCCAGUGUCGAUCAUCAAUUCGAUAAUUCCUAUUCAUCAUUGGUCGAAGUCUUUCAAGAUGAAGAUACCAAUUCCGGUCACACCCGAGAACCACCUCCGUCCUUAUUGACACGACAAGAUCCACACAGUAACUUGCAAUUGUUGCUACGAGGAGCAGCAGCAACCGACGAAAGUAGUGACAAUCUACGCAGUGAACUCUUUCAACAACAACAAAAGUACAAACCAUCGUCCAAGGCAUUGAUUGAUAAAGAACAAAACACAUCCUUUAAAACGGCCGCCGAAUCUGACGACGACAAUACCAUGGAACGACCCUUCUUGGAACCAUCUCCAAACGACAAACCUCACAAGCCAUACAAAAAAUCCGUCAUGGCACAAGUCUGUCGGUCGCUUUCACGAAAUCUAUUAUGCUACUCCAAAAGUAAUAUCAAUUAUUGCAAAAACAGCAACCAACAAACCGACUCGGCCGAACUCGAUAUACUCGGUGUCAGUGUCUAUCAUUUGAAACACGUCUUUUUGGAUCAAUGCAUUCAAUACGCUGCUUCCGUUGGUGCCAACAAUACUCGAUCCUUCAAGGUCUAUGAUAUUGAAAACUUAAGUGGCCCUCCCGGAGUCAUUCGACAAUGUGGAGCCAAUGCUGUGUGUCCCAUUGAUGGCAGGAUGGGAGCUGCCUACGUCCAUUGCCUCAAGGGGCGGGACCAUGUCGGGGAAGCAACGCAUAUGCUCUCCUAUUCAUGGUCCUACACGAUUGGAGAUAUUGUGGAUACACUCACAGACUUUUGCCAUAGCAAUGGACUCGAUUCCAAACGAACCUACAUUUGGAUAUGCUGUUUAUGCGUCAAUCAACACAGAGUCGUGGAAGGAGCCGCACUCAAAGAAACGGGGGUCAUCAUGCCGGCCAAACCACAGGUCGAUUUCUUUGCUCUCUUUGGGGAACGAGUCAAACGCAUUGGACACUUACUAGCCAUGAUGGCGCCAUGGAAAGCACCCGUAUAUCUCACGCGAGUAUGGUGUAUUUACGAACUAUUUACGGCACACACCAAUGGAUGUGUCGUCGAUAUCAUUAUGCCUCCCAAAGAAAAGGAUUCCCUCGAACAAGACCUAUUGGCUAAUGGAGGAGGCAUUGAUAUGCUCUACGAUACACUCGGCAAUACCAAAGUCCAAAACGCGUGUGCGUCCGUCGAACAGGAUCGACAAACCAUUUUGGAAAUGAUUGAAUCGUCCGUAGGGUAUCACGUACUCAACAGUCAGGUCAAUGAUUUGCUACGGAGUUGGGUCAAACAAGUCAUUCGACAGCUGGUCGUGACACAGACAGACACCAAUGACGAAGGAUAUGUCGACUUUUGCAACAAGGUGGGAUCCAUCUUGUGCGAAAACGGGGAACACAACGCGGCAUUGGAUUUGCAUCGCAAGGCACUCGACAUUUGCAUCAGUGUAUUGGGGAAUCACGAUCACAAACAAUCCGCCAUUUCGCACUUUGGCAUUGGGGAUGCACUGUGUGCCAAGGGAGACUACGAUGGGGCGUUGGAAGAACUCAAUGUGGGAUUGAGGCUGUUGGAGAAACUAUUGGGCGACGAUCAACAUCCGGAUAUAGCCAAGUUUCUAGAUCGAAUUGGAGCCGUGCUCUACUACUUGGGUGACUAUGAUGGUGCGCUGGAAAUGUAUCCCCGGUGUUUGACGAUCCAAGAGAAGGCUCUGGGAAGCAAUCACCCCGAUACGGCGACAUCCUACUACAACAUUGGUUGGGUACUCGAGGCCAAGGGAUAUUCGCAAGGGGCACUGGAUUUUUACCAAAAGAGCCGCUCGAUUCGCGAGAAAAUCCUUGGCACGAACCAUCCUGACACGGCAAGCUCGUACAAGUCGGUCGGGAGUGCCCUUCAGGCAGAAGGGGACCACCACCGUGCAUUGGAAUACUACGAGAAAUGUCUCGGGAUCCAAGAGUCUUUGUUGGGCCGGGACCACCCAGGCACUGCAAGCACUUAUAAUAGAAUUGGCGGUGUCAAGGAAGCCGAAGGCGACUACGAUGGUGCUCUGGAGCAGUACCAGAAGUGCCGGGUCAUACGAGAGUCUGUGUUGGGUAGGAACCAUCCAGACACUACAACAAUUUACUACAAAAUUGGGCAGAUACUGCAGAAGUCAAGAAUUCGCUCCAGUACCAGGAGCCAACCACAGUAG